GUGCGCCCUGCCCGCUUCCAGGAGGGGAAGAUGGCGCGCCUGUCCGCCUUUCAGCUGGCCGGGCUGGGGCUCAGCGCCGCCGCGUUCCUGUGCGGGAUCAUCUGCGCCUCCGCGCUCACCGUCACCCAAGGGGAAUUUGGCAGCCAGUGCAUCCUGUACGGGUCAGUCCGCUAUAACGGGACGCUGAGCUUGAGCCGCGUCAGCCACAGCUCCCUCUGCUACUUCGUCUCGGCCACCUCGGUGCUCGCCUCCAUCCUCUCCUUCGCGGUUCUUUUCCAAGGGAUUUACCACGGCUGCUUUGGCGACGGACAGUCGGAGCACACCUGGUUCAAGGGCUCCGUGGCGAUCGCCGCCGCCGUCCUCUUCUUCCUGCUCGUCUCGGGCUGCAUCCUCCGCGUUGGCAUGGACACCCUGUGCGCAGCCAUCGUGCAGUCCUCAGCUGCAGCCAGUUGCCAGGAAGCCCAGCGCCGCCCUUGGGUCCACCCUUACCGUGCGGAAAAGUUCUACGACAACCUCUACACCGCGGAGGCAGCUGCCUGGGUGAACUUCUUCUUCUGGUGCCUGAUGGUGGUUCUGCUCGUCCUGGAGCGCUUCAUCAAGUCCUCCUCCCAGCCCCUGCGGAGCAGCAGCGCGAGGACGGAUGAGGCAGCGCCCAUCAUUGGAGGGGGGCCGCGCGGGCCCUGAUGAUGGGUCCGGAGGAGGAGAGAGUGUCCUGGCGGCCCGCGGGCCCCUUCGCGGGCCCCCUGCGCGUCUCUUCCCUGCGAGCGACUUGGGGAGGCCUGCCUCUCUCUCUCCCUUGGGGCGUCCAAGAGAGCGAGCUCCCCCAGUGGAGCAGCCGUCCAGCUCCGUCGGCCGAGAACUUUCUAAAGGGAGGGUCUGGGACUCAGUCUGGAACAGCCCUGGGAAUUGCUGCCGCUUCGUCAUGAGAUCUGUCGCUUUCCCCCAAGCCCAAGCCGGCCAAUUUCCUGCAAGAGGACAAUGGGUGCAGCUCGCAGCCCAAGAUCGGGGGACUGGCAGCUCUUCCUUCAUGGAAGCGAUCGCCGCAUGUCCUGAGCAGGGACCGGGCAGCCCGUGCGCGCUGCUCAUGCGGAGCCCCGGAUAGCCCGCCGGCUCUGCAAGGAGCCCCUCGCCACAGCCCGCACCCCUGGCCUGGGCGCCUGCUGGUCGGAGGGUCCCUCCCCACGUGCUUUAGUCCUGGUUGCCCUUUCAGGCCAAGGAGGGACUCUGAACCUGAGCAAAUACAGAAGGGUCCUUCCCCCCA